UAAUGGCUUUACAUAUCCGGGUUGAAUAUUCUACUUCCGUUUGAAAGGCUCUGUGCUGUUCAAUGAAUUCAUCACAUUGUCAACACAACCUCUAACUUUAAUCACCACAAUUUGCCCAAUUGCUCUAGCUACUAACGCUACAAAGAAGCAUCGUCAUGUUUUACCACAUAUCUUUAGAACAUGAAAUUCUGCUGCAUCCUCGUUACUUUGGACCAAACCUUUUGAACACGGUGAAGCAGAAGCUUUUCACGGAGGUGGAAGGGACGUGCACAGGAAAGUAUGGCUUUGUCAUUGCUGUGACCACAAUUGACAACAUAGGAGCGGGUGUUAUCCAGCCUGGCAGAGGUUUUGUACUGUACCCCGUGAAGUACAAGGCUAUCGUCUUCCGCCCCUUCAAAGGAGAGGUGGUGGAUGCUGUCGUCACCCAGGUUAACAAAGUCGGGCUCUUCACAGAAAUUGGACCCAUGUCCUGUUUCAUCUCGCGGCAUUCCAUUCCAUCUGAGAUGGAAUUCGAUCCAUCUUCAAACCCACCCAGUUACAAGUCUGCAGAAGAAGACGUUGUUAUCCAGCAAGAUGACGAAAUCCGGUUGAAGAUUGUUGGCACAAGAGUAGACAAGAAUGACAUUUUCGCAAUAGGAUCGCUUAUGGACGAUUAUCUAGGACUGAGCUGAUCUUUUGCUGACUCCGGACCAACUUGCAACAAACUCCCUCAAAGGACUCUGCUGUCAACGUUGGACAUUAUUGCCACAAUUGUUUUUAUGUUUUAUAAAGCAUAUUUUAUAUGGAUAAAGGCACCUGAUUCUCAUGGAAGCUCUUGUAUUGGUUUGGGCAGACACCAGCCAAUUUCUUUUUCUUUCUUUCUUUCUUUCUUUCUUUCUUUCUUUUGCCUUUUUUCAGAAUUCAAGAAAAGCUGGAAAUGGGGUAGCAUCAUGCCUUUAGAAAAUACAAAGAAUGAAAUGAACAUUCUCAAAUCUGCUCAGUGAUCUAGUAUUCAUGAACAUAGAGUGCUGUGCUAAAGUUAUUUUUAAUGUGGCGUUUGAUUUUGUUUCUAUUUAAACAUGUUAGAGUUUCACAUAAGAAUUUGACUAAAUGUGUCGGUUGAAUUUUCAGAAUAAAAGUUUUAAAUGGUU